AUGCAUUCAAAAGCACACACGUCUCAGUGCCCACCGAAGGUUCGCAAUAUGAAGGUCUUGAUUUUGGCUGCUGUCUUGUCGGUAUGCGGGAGCGCUUUCGCCGGGCUUCCCCUGGCUGCGCCAUACGGCUAUGCUAGGCCUCUGGGUCUGCCAGUUCCCGGGCCAGCCCUAGCGUUGGCCAGGCCGGCCCUGGCUUACGGCCCAGCUAUCGCCAAAGUCGCCGCCCCCGUCGACGAAUACGACCCCAAUCCUCAGUAUUCCUACGCUUAUGACAUUCAAGAUGCUCUCACUGGCGACUCCAAGAGCCAGCAGGAGACGAGGUCCGGUGACGUGGUCCAGGGCUCCUACUCGCUGAACGACCCCGACGGCACCAGGCGCACCGUCGACUACACCGCCGACCCGCACAACGGCUUCAACGCUGUAGUCCGCAAGGAGCCCUUGGGCCACGUCGUGAAAGCGGCCCCAGCGUACCUCCAC